AUGCGCUAUGUGGCCGCCUACUUCCUGGCCAUCCUCGGCAGUAACGACUCACCCAACUCCAAGGACCUGAAGAAGAUCCUGGACAGCGUGGGCAUCAAGACAGACGAGGAGCGCCUGAAGAAGGUCAUCAGCAAGCUGAGUGGCAAGAACAUCGAAGAUGUGAUCGCGCAGGGGAGCAGUAAGCUGGCCUCCAUGCCCUGCGGUGGUGCUGUUGCUGUUGCUGCCAGUGCUGGCUCUACUGCCCCAGCUACUGCUGGUGCUACCCCUGCUGCUGCAGAGGAGAAGGAAGAAAAGGAGUCGGAAGAGUCCGAUAGUGACAUGGGAUUUGGUCUAUUUGACUGA